AUGGAAAAAGAGAUUGCAGUUGUUCGCACAGAAUUUGCAUCUCUAAAUCAAAAGGUGGAUAUAAUCUGUGAUGUGGUAACAAAGUUUGCCAAGUUGUAUGAAAGUUUGAGUCCUCAAAUAUAUCAACUUUCUACAACUGAAAACAAGAAUUUUAUGGAAGUUUUCGCACUGUUAAAGGAGCUCAAAGCCAUAUCUUCAAAACCAGCUUCGUCUUCUCAACUAUCUUCAGAAGAUCUCAUCAAGAAUUUUUCUCAAUUUGAAGCCAUAUUUCUUCAACAAUUGGCUCCUCUUUCCUGCAUAUCCAGCCUUCUCGCCGAGUCUGAGCGCUGA